AUGCGACAUAAGAUUGACAAAGGUUCAAGUGAAGCAACGAUUUGCACUGAGCUAAACAUGGCCUGUCCGAGAGACUGUGCAGAGCAGGGCCACGCCCGACUACCAACAGACACUAGCGACUCACUCCCUCAUGUUGCCCCUCAGCAUCCCCAGCAGCCUCAUCUCUCCUCUGACCGCGGGACAGAAAAGUGAAGGCCUGUUGUAGCGACAGGCCUCCAGGCAGCGAGGGUCCUAUAGGUGAGCUCCGGCGUGAGGGCGGAUCGAGCGGCGAUGCGGGGUCGCCGUGAGGCUGGGGCGGGGAGAUGAUGGACGGAAGCACGCUCACGCCGCGACGGUAUGAUUGGUAGCGGAUCUUGGCGAGCAGCCGCUGGAAGCCUCGCUGCUCAGUGCCCCAGUAACACAGCGCCACUAAGAGGAAGAGGAGCACUGCAGUCAGAAGAAAGGAACAGGAGCAAGCAUCGCAUCGGGGUGGGUGGAGGUGUUUGCCUAUCCCCCCCUCCCCAAUCGAUCGACCCCCAACUGACCGACAGCGAUGACGGUGGCCACGACAUAGAGCUCUGAGCCGAAAGGCAGAGGCCCUCCCGUCAGCCGCUGCAGCCGCUGACACUCAGAGUCGCACCUGCACACCCCAUCAUAGCAGUACUCGAAGCGCCCACAGGCCUCCGGACACUCCUCUCCCACCAGCGCCACAUCCGCGCACACGUAGAAAGCCGAUCGAUCGCUCCUUCGGCUGCCCCCAACGUCACCGUUCCCACUCUCACCAUCACCGGCAGCACCUGGCUGCUUCGUAACGGAUGACGAUCCCGGAAUCAGUGGCGGGAGCGGUGGGGGCGGGUAGCGAUAUCUCGCAGAGGCCAUGUAUGUCUGGUUGCGACUCACGAGAGGGCGCUGGGUGGCCGACAGGGGAGGGGGCUGCGGGUGAAGAAACAAAGGGAAAGACUGGAGUCUGGUCGGAGAGGAAACUUUAGGUCCCCUGCUGACCUGCCAUUUGAGUUGGAAUGUGCACGAAGGGCAGUCGACACUGGGAAGCGCUACAGCCACUGUAUGCGAACCUGACGCGGACACCACACCACACCACACCCACACCCACACCCACACACACAGACGCAUGCACAGACAGACAGGCAGGUGUGUGACGGAUGUUGUCUGUCACCCAUGCGUGCGAGCAGAACACGCAGACCACCUCACCUGUAGUGUUGGCACAUCUGAAUGUGUACUGCUCGUCGAUAUCCAAUGGUGCGCGUGUGGCGGCAUCGAGCGGUACCAGCCAGUGCUCCUUCAUGUCGAACACCGGAGCAGUCGACAGACCUGCACAACACACAGCAGCACAGACAGCAUCCAAUCCAUCUGUCGCCUGCAGGUACGCCACCCCCUGACUGUCAGCGUAUCGGCAGUGCAGUGCCCUGCAGUGCCUACCUGGUGUCAGGGCUAUGCGGCAGCGACCUCGGAGUGGCUUCUGCACACAAAAAGGGGAGGAAGGGCAGCCGAUGCACUGCACCCAUGGGGUGCGGAAUGGAUUCAUCACACACGUUUCUCACCGCGAUAUGGUACCGAACCAGCAGGUGGUUGCCGGCUGCAUAGCUGCCGUGCGAUGGACCCGCGUCGUAGCCGCCACACGGAGGCUGAUGGCUCCUCUCAGAGACAGCGGCGAAAGAUCUCGGCAGCGGCUCAUCAAGGCGACCAUAUUGUAUGCGGUUGUUGGCCAUCUAUGAUAGGCACAGCGGAGCUCCGCAGAUGCCUUCAGGACAGCGAAUGACGAUGUGUGCGAUGAGAAAGCAGCUGCAUUCGGCAUACCUCAGCCGGGAUCUCCGAUGCAGAUCUGACAGGUAAGCUGAGGGCUGUGAAGAAGAGAGAGAAC